GUGUUUUUUUGGUGGAGCUUUUACUUUAUGGUGUAGUGCAAACUCAUGGAGCUUACAACAUAUGUGAUUGGGAUGUUGUAUCUUGAGCCUUGAGGGUGACACCAGUGAACCGAACUACUCAAGAAGCAAGCUGAGAGCUUGACUCCAAGUCCAACCAAAUUGUCAUCCACCAUUAUGUCUGAUAACGAUAAGAACCCAACUUCGAGACUGAAACUAUUCGGUUUUCCAUUAACAGAUCACCACCAAGAACUUCCAGACAAGACAGAAAACUUUGAAGAUCACAGAAAAUUCACUUGUCAAUUUUGUGAGAGAGCUUUUGCCAACUCCCAAGCGCUAGGGGGCCACCAAAAUGCACACAAGCGAGAGCGUCAAAGAGCUAGGCGUGCUCAGUUUCAGAGUGGCAGACGGUGCUCAAUUCUCAGCUCUCAAUCUGUGAGAUCAGCACCCUCCAUUUAUCCAAGAGGGUACAUCGCCAAUGGUACUAAUGCUGUACCUAUCUUCGACUUACAAGGACAUCCCAAUUGUAAUGGAUCGCGGCCGCUUUUAAUUUCAUCAUCAUUUGCUCGAUUUCCUUCUCGAUUUUUCGUGACGAAUUCCUUGCAACUUGCUGAUAAUGCUCAGUCUUUUGCUGAAUUCUCAGGUAAGUUGCCUGCAGAGGGGGAGGAAGGUGUUGAUCUCCAUCUAAAAUUGUCUCCUUCUGGUUGAGGAUAUAGUUAGAUUAGAUGGACCGUAUUGCUUGGAAUCUUAUACCUUUUGGGAACAUUUUAUUUUAAUUAGCAUAUUUGAAGUUUGAUUUUGA